GGCGCCGCUGGGGAGGCACUCUGGCGUUGCGGCGUAACUGCUGCUUCCGCCUUCCCGGCAGCCCCUGCGCGCGCGUGCGCGGUCGGUGACCUUCCUGACGACUGCAGGUUUGUGGUGGUCUCUGAGGCGUCUGUCCUGCGCCAAGAUGCUUCAAAGUUUUAUUAAAAAUGUGUGGAUCCCCAUGAAGCCCUACUACACCAAAGUUUACCAGGAGAUUUGGAUAGGAAUGGGGCUGAUGGGCUUCAUCGUUUAUAAAAUCCGGGCCGCUGAUAAAAGAAGUAAGGCUUUGAAAGCUUCGGCGCCUGCUCCUGGUCAUCACUAACCAGAUUUACUUGGAGUACAUGUGAAAGAAAACAUCAGUCCGCCUGUAAAUUUAAGCAAGCCGUGUUAGAUGGGGAGCGUGGAACGUCCCUGUACACUUGUAUAAGUACCAUUUACUUCAUGGCAUGAAUAAAUGGAUCUCCGAGAUGCACUGCUA